UGGCGCGCGUUUUCUCAACGGACGGAUGGAGCGUUGAAUUGAGAGCCGUUGAGUGUUGUAUUGUGUGCAAUUGAGACCGUUGUUAUUGUAUUUCACUGUUUUGUUUUAUUUAUUUAAUUGAUUUUAUAUUUAAAAUAAUGUUCUCCAAAGCCAAAAGAUUUGAACCAUCAUCUUUCAAAAACCAGCCAAAAGAAACAAAGCAGCCAGAACUGGAGAAAGUACAGCCAACAACACAGCCAGAGUCCAGUAAAGUGAAGCUAACAAAUCAGCCAGAGGCGGACAAAGUAAAACCAACAAAGCAGCCAGAGCCAGAGAAAGUGAAGCCAAAAAAGCAGCUAGACCUUGAGAAAUUAAAGCUAACAAAACAGCCAGAGCCUGAGAAAGUAAAGCCAACCAAACUGCCAGAGUCUGAGAAACAUAAGCCAACUAUGAAGACACUAGCAGUUGUGAGCAAAUUUAAGUCUACUGUGACACCAGCAAAGGCAAAAACUAGCAGCGAUGUGCAGUCCCAGUGCAGCUCCGUUCUCAGCGUCAAAUCUUUUCUUACUCCCAAACCAGUUACAAAUAAGAAAAUUAUCAAGCCCCCGUCUAGCCUCAAAAAGCCGGUGCACUCAGGCCAAAAACUAAGUGGCAACAAAAUUCAAAGCUGUAAGGUAGCCACUGAAGAUAUUAUCAAAGCCCAAGAAGCUGAAAUAAGGAACAAGGACUAUACUAUUAAUGAAUAUAACAAGCAAAUAGAAGAACUCAAAAUUGAAAUUGCUAAUUUACAAAAACAAAUGAAGGAAACUACCAAAAAUGUUAACACUACUGACAGUUUAAAUCAACAGCUAUCAGAAAUAUCUCUGAAAGAUGAUGAAGAAGAAUCUGAAACCAAAGAUAAUGCUAGUAAAAAUAUUGCUCAAGAUAACUUGGAAAUAAUUGCUAAAUAUGAACUUAAAAUUGCUGAAAUUGAACUUCUCUGUGAAAAAUUGGAACAAGAAGUGAGCAGUAAACAAGUAGAAUUAACUUCUCUUGAAGAGGUUAUUACAAUUAGAGAUAGUUUGUGUCAGGAUCUUCAAGAGAAACUGACCAAUAUGGAAUCUGUAUUGGAAGAAACUAGGUCUAGACUUGAAAUGGUUAAGGGACAUCAUGCCUUAGCACUAGAAGCCAAUGAAAGCAUUCGGCGAGAGUACAAGGCUGAGCUUGAGAGUCUAAAGUCAAAAUUUGAAGAAGAAAAACAGGCUAUUAUAAGUAGAUCAACAUCCGAACAGGAUAGCAUUAAAGAACAUUACAACAUUAUCAUUGAGUCCAUUAAGAAUCAGUUGACUAAAGAAAAAGAUGAGUUGUUAAAUGAUUUACAACAACAACUGGCAAAUAAGGACAAUGAGAUGAAAGCAAAACUUGAACAGAUUGAUGAGGCUACUCAUGAAAAGCUGAGGCUUUGCGAGAUUCAGUUUGAAGAGCGUAGUCGCUCAAUCCAAGAACACUGGACUCAACAACAAGAAAAAAUAUUCUCUCUAGAAAAAGAAACCAAGGAUCUCAAAUAUAGCAUUGGCAUUGCGGAACAGAAAAAUCAGUAUUUACAAAGAGACUUUGAUGCCCUAAAAAAAGAAUGUGAAAUUUUAAAUUCUGAAAAAGAAAGUAUCUUUGAAGAGACCAAUGAACUGAAAGAUGAAACAAAGAAGAAAUUCAUAGAUUUCGAAAAUGAUAUCAAUAAACUCACAGUAGAGGUGGAUAAGACAAGUAAGGAGAAACGUCAGUUUGAAAUGUCUCUAUCUGUAACUAGAGAUAUUGUCCAAGUUCUCACAAUGCGGCUGCGAGAAUCUGAUAAUGAAUUGGAACAUUUGGAAGAGAAAGUUAAAUCCUUAACUGAUACCAAAGAGGCCCUCGAAAAUGAACUUAGUACGUACAAAAGCUCUUUAAAUAACGCUCUCCUAGAAUGCAACGAAUAUAAGGAAGCUUUGGUCAAUAUUCUCAAGUCGAAAGCGGCGCUAGCAAAGGAACACACGCGUAUAAUGGAGCACAACGUUACGCUCAUCGAGAGUCUGCAAAACGUUGAAAAGGAGGCAUAUCGUGAACUCGGCACUAUACAGAGUGAACUUAUUGAAGACGUGGAAAUGAUAAAGAAGGAAUCUAAAUCUCAAAUUAAAGUUUUGCAAGAUGAGGUGGAGAAGAAGCGCGUGCUGUGCGCGCUGGCCACGGAGCAGGCGGCGGCGUGCGCGGCGGGCGCGGAGGCUGCGCGCGCGCUGCUGGCGCACGCGGCCGCCGAGCUCGAGCGCCGCGACGCAGACAACCAGCGCCUGCAUGCACAGAUACAAGACCAACAGUCGCUCGUAGUGGAACUCUCCCUGCUGCGCCAGGAGAACGAGGAGCUGACCAUGACAGUGGCGAAGCAGUCCUCGCUCAUCGACAAGCUGAAGAAAGACGCCGAAACCCACGUCGCGCCUAAAUCCCCCUCGCUCAUGCGCAAAACACAUAAGAUUGGCAAAGAAAACUUGCCCGCUGUUGUCAGCCCCCUUAGGGAACGGAACCACUGAGGCACUGACUUCGUACCGGAUAGAUAUCAUGUAGGUACCAUUAUAUUUUUUCAUCAAGCGGUAAAAAACCGUUAAUUACAUGACUAAAUUAAAUUGAUCUGAUGACACUGUAUGAAUAUCUAGUAAAUAUGUAGAUCUUCAUGAUGGAUAUAUUUUUUUCUAUAAACUAUAAAACUUAAAAGGGACUAAUUAUUUAAUAAGCCUGUUGACUGUGACUAGACAUGGUAAAAACGCGUACUUUUUGCCUGACUGACGUCCCUUAUACUAAGAUUAUUUUCUUAACUUAUAAUUGCGGCAGCUUUCAGUAUAAGUUCCACGUUCCACCUGUGUUAUUUCCGUUUGUUUGUUUUGAAUUUUGCGAAGACUGUUAAAAUAAAUCGUGUGUUGUUAUAAUAUUUAGAAACAUUAAGUUUGCCUGAUAGUAAUAUAAAUACCAAAAAUCUGUAUUUAACUGUUUGUUAACAAAUCUGAAAAUCUAAUCCAUUAUUAUCAUAUUCCUAACUCAUGAGUUAGGAUUCGUUUGUAUGUUAAUUUAUUACAAAAUUUAAAUACUCUUACGUAAGAUAUUGUCUCGUACUCAUAAAAUUUGCGUGUGCAAAAUAAAUUUGUGAGAAAUUGUAA